AUGGCAGUAGGUUACGAGAUGGAGAAUCGCGGUUCUCAAAAGACGAGCCAGAAUGAAACUGAAACUUUACCUUAUAAUCCACAUCAAAAAGCACAUACAUCAGAACAUCAGGCACCCGUUUUUGCCACUACUAUAGGAAAAUCGUCGAGAUUGUCUGAUGAAGACAACUCUAAAGCCACUCCAACUUCUCCAUCAAGGACAUCAAGCACGGCUAAAUAA